UCAUAAUAGGGAAACUGAAGUUAAAGGUUUAUACACAGCAAAACAAACCGAGAGGGAUCCUGGAAAGGAACAUUUUAAAUCUAAGUUCAGCUGCCUCAUCACUGACAUGGGAAGGUUUUUCACCUAUCAAGAUUAGUCAAAUGACAGAAACUAUUUUCUGCACUGAAGACUACAAAAAAGCAGCACUCAGAGAAGCCUGUCAAGAGAACACAAGUCUUGGACACUGUUCCCAAGGACUAGACUCCACAUGGCUUCAUGGAGUUCUGUCUCUACAUCACAAGGCAAUAACCAGAACCUGAAACUGCAGAAUCCAUAAAACUAAAUCAUGUUGGCCAAAAAGUUGGUGACCGCACAGAAUCGAGGGGAAAACAGGGCAUUAUGCCUGGGACUGGGAAUGGUUGCCUGCUCACUGGUGAUGUACUUUUUUAUUGGGAUCACAAUUGUGCCAUUGUACAACAGCAGUGUUUGGACAAAAGAAACUAAGUGCCAAGUGGUCAAAGCAAACAUCAAGGACGAAGUCCAUUGUUCAUUCAUUGAAGGAGCAAAUGAUGAAAACAUUUUUCACUAUCCCUGUCUGGAAGUCUGGGUCAACUUGAACUUCUCAGGACAAGAGGUUAUGCUAUAUCUUACAGAGGAGACACUGGAAAUAAAUCCCAAGUGCUCAUACAUCCCAAAAAGGUUGGAGAACACCAAAGAAGUUAAAAAAUCAGUACAGACCAUUGCAGAAAAUUUCAGAAAGUAUCAAAUUGAGACUUUUCCUUGUUAUUGUGAUCCAAAAGGAAAAGCGACAAGCGUCAUUUUAAUUAGACCAUAUCAACGAAAGGACAUAUUUUUUGCUUUCCUCUGGCCUAGCCUCAUGUUAAUUGGUGGGAUUCUGAUUGUUGUCAUGGUGAAAAUCAGUCAAUAUAUGUCUGUACUUGCUGCCUGGCAGUACAAAACAAACAUAUAAUGUUCACAAAUUCAAGCUAGAAAGUACCUUUAUUCUACCCACUUCAGUCUAUUUUUUUUUUUUAAACAUACCAUCAUGUUAGCUACUAUCACUCAGUAUAAUACAUAUACAUACACUUACACCAUGGGUUAUCAGGAAUUAUACAUAAAAUAGAAUAGGUAUCUGAGAUGAAAUCCCAUGAAAUAUAUAGGGACCACUCUGAAAGAACAGAAAUGAUUUUAUAUUGCUUGAGCCAAUUUUUUUUGUGGGUUUGAAACAUCAUUGUUUUACAGAAAUUAGAUUUAAAAUUCUGCAUGCCGGUUUGCUGGUUACAAAUUUGGUGUCAGAUUUUCAGAAAGCAGAGGCUAGGUAUCUAUGGGCCUGUCUAUAUGUGCGUUUAGUCCAACUAAAUUUAAUGCACAUUCAGCUAAUGUGCAGUAAGCGAUUUUUGGCAGGUGGCUACACAUGCAGAGCCUUGGCACUAAAGUUGUGCCAAGUCCCUGCAGCCCUGCCAUGUGCCUCUAGUAGCUGGGCAGACCGGGCACUAAAGUUUGUGCCAGGUCGCAUCUACAUAUAUGUUUAUACGCUUUAACUAAUCAUGCCUAAAUUUGACACCUGCAUUUGCAGAUGUCUCUUUCCAUCUGUAACUCACAUAUUAUGUAGUAUGAUACUGUGGAAGGGCACUGGUGGUGCCUGCCACUUUAAGUGCUGAGCCAUACAGCCAGCAGGUGCUUGAUUACAGCAGCCAUUUUAGAACUUUGGCCACCUAUAUAAACAGAGCAGUUUAUAUUGUUGCAGAAACAUCACCUGACUGCAAAGCUCUAUGCAACAUCUUGGAGGUAAGGGCAGGAGCUUAGGGGGAGGGUUUGGAGGCUCCUGGUCCUGGGCAUGACCUAAAACUGCACCCUGCUGGGGAUGGAUGGCCUGGUGGGGCUCCUAAUGGUGCAGGAGUCCCCUAGAAAUGCCAGGCCAGGGACCACCCUGGUGAAAGGCAGGUCAGGGCGCUUUAACCCCAGCUCCCACAACCGGGUGGGUUACCCCAUAGUAGGGCCAAGAAGGUGGACACAUGUCAGAGAGUGGGCUAGAGGCUUAGAAGCCUGACUUCAAACACCCUUGACUGGUCAAUGCUGGGGCCAGGACCAGAAGGGUCAAAAGGGCCAGAGGCCCACUGCGAAGAAUGCCCAGAGCCUGGGGUUCUAACUGGCCUUGGCAGUGAGGCCAGGGCCUGUGUGGCCAAAGGUCCUGUAGUGGCCAGGCUCGAAAGAGGGAAGAGUUCAGGGAGCUAGGCAGCCCAGAAUGAGGGCAGAGUAGAUCACCUGAUUGGAGGAUUAUGGGGCCCAACGUGGGGCCGGUGACAUUAAAAACUGCAGAUGCCAUGUGCGAGGCUUGGGCUGCAACGUAGGGGAGGAACAGAGCCGCAGAUAGCACCCCUUGGCAUCAGGGCAAGAAUGGGCAGCCUCCCACCUAAUCAACACCGUAAUUAUGUAUUAUUAAGGCGUGGCAGGAAAGGAGGCAGGUGGCUGGCCCAGAAACAGGUGGGCAGGCCAGUGACAGACCAGCCCUGAGAAAGACCCCUGUUACAGAUACCUUUUUAUCUGUAUCUAACAUAUUACAUAAAAAAGUGAAGUGAAGGAGACAAAAAAUGUAAAAAGCAUGAUUACGUUGUGAAAAAGCUAGGAGUAUUCACACAUGCAGGCAAAUAGAAGCAGUGCAAAUUUGAGCCAGGACUUUUUGCCUCGGCACACAUGCCCGGACAUGCACUUUUGUGUGGGCAAGUUGUGCCACCUGGGGCAAAAUAACCCUGCCCAGCUCCUCCCAGAUCUGCAGCCAGGGAAAUCUAGAGCUGCUGGCGCCAGCACUAUAAAAAGUUGCCCUGUUGGUCCCAUCAGUACAAAAAGCUGCCUUGGCAAGUAGAUCAGGACUUCUUGCUCUCAGGAGCUUCUGGGGCCUGGCCAAUUGGUACCUGGGGACACUACCAUCUGGACUGCUGAAGCAGCCCUGAGAGUUCCCUGCACCCUCUACCCACUGCAGCAGUCUGGCAGUGGGAGCUGCUCCCUGGCUGUGACCUGCUGCCACCUGCGACAGCAUGUGGGCCCAAGGCUGUGCACCUGCCAGACCCAGAUGGUGAUUGCACAGCUGCAGCAGAGGCAUCUGUACCUCUUGGCCAGCUGCCAGUGACUGCACGGUUGGACUUUGUGUAGCACUGCUGCCAUGUGUGCCACCACCUUACCAUCUGGGCAGCUACUGCUUGGAAGAUGUUCACAGUGUGGUGGCCUGCUUUGAACUGUCAAAGCCAAUUGGGGCCCAGGAGGUUAACCACCUCCAGCUAGGUCCUGGGUGCCAGCUCUGAGCUGGCACCUCUGCAUGGGUCCUGCCUCUUGCCUCCCUAGCAGAAAUUUCGGUGUUCCCUAUUUGAAAACUGAAAAAUCCCUGAUAAAAAAAAAAAAAAGUCACUCUGUAAAAUACCCCCAAAUCCCUGUUCCUCCACAAAUAAAACAAAAGACCGCUAUAUACAGACAGACAGACAGAUAACGAUCAGGUGGGCAAUGUUCUUUGAUAUAUCUACAGUGUUAAACAAUUUGGAAAUCUACUAGUACCUCUAUCAUGAUAAUGAAAUUAAUUUUAAAUAUCUUUAUGUUUUAUAUUUGCCUUUGGUUUUCUCAUCAUAGAGCAGUUAGAGCUCCCCUUGACUCCUUCACUAACCAGGAUGUGAGGACAGUUUCCCCUGCAGCUACAGCUCCUGCCAGCAGGUCUCAUUCUGUCUGGCAGCUGGGCAUGCAGGGUGUGUGCUGGGGGACAUGGUGUGUGCAGGAAGGAGGUGGGAAGGAGGUUGGGGGAUAUAGGUGGCUGUGGAGGGAUGUGGGGGGCCAUGGGGUGUGUGGAUAGGUUUGAGUGGAUUGUUGGGGACUGUGGGUGGCCUGCUCAGGAGGGAUGGGUUCCCUGCCCCCCACAAGGCACAGUGCCUCUUACACAGCUCACAGACUGCCCCCCAAACAAGGGCUGCAGCUCCCUCAAUAGAGGCCCAUACCCCCUGCAGGCACCCCCACCUGGCUCCACGCCCUGCUUCCUCUCCCAGCCCCCUGGAGCACUGCCCCACCUGGCCCCACCCCUGCCUGCUCCCCCAGUCCCUCUGAUGGCUGUUCUGCCUUGCCCCAUCACCCAUCAACUUCCCCAGCCCCCUGGAUCACUGUCCCACCCAGCCCCAUCUCCUGCCAGCUCCCCAAGCCCUCCUGAUGGCUGUCCAGCCUGGCCCCAGGGUCCCGGCACUUAAAAAAAAAAAAAAAAAGUCCCAUGGCCCCUUGUAACAGAGCCCCCACCCCCACAUAGCCCAAGUGGCCUCAAGUUGUCAGACAGCACAAGGCGCCACAUGGCACCUGCCGAGUUGCACUGCAUCCACACAGUGCAGUAGCAAUGCAGGUGCCAGGCUGCCGGGGCUGAUCCCUGCUGCCCCACGUGGCAUGGGGGGGCUCUGCCAUGAGGCCUCAGAGGCCCCAACAGCCAUUGAUUGCUACAGCUGAUAAUUACAGGGAGUUCUGGGGGGGGUUGUGUUUUCUUUUUACGUGUUGGGAGGCUAGGGCUGGGUAGGCAGCCAUUGAGGGGGCUGGGGGAGCAGGUGGAGAAUGGCCCCAGGCGAAGCAGCAAUCUAGAGGCUGGGGGAGUGGGUGGGGGAUGCAGCUGGCAGGGGUCCCACCCUGGUCUCCUCCCCACUCCUCCUCCUACUUAUCGGCAUGGAGCCCGGGUCCAGCUCCCUGAGAUUGGCUUCAGCACCAGGGUGAGGGCCAGUCAUAGAGGUGCUCUGGCUGGCUCUCAGAGCAGCUUUGUGGAGGACCUGAGCCUCUGUUUCCUCAAGACACAGUCGGGGACCAUGCCCUCCCCCACUUUUUUUUUGCCCGGGGGUAUUUUUUGACCCCUGGAUAUCCCAGGGUCUAAUCUGCAGUGCAGAUAACAUUUUUUUGUUUCUGCAUGUGUUUCUUGCAGCAUGUCAAAGGGUUUUGAGAUGCUGCAAGAGGCACAUGUGUGCUCAUCUGGAUGCACGCAUUAAGUCUGUUGUUUGAUCCAUAAUGCUACAGGAAAGGAAGACAGUAAGUUUAUGCCAGCAGAAGAGCUCAGGAGAGAACAUGACUUGCAUACAAUUUAGUGGCAAAGAAAGUUCUGAGUAGUGUGAACACUUCUGGGAUUUCUCUGAGCUUCAGAUACAUUGACUGUCCUCUGAAAAUGCCUAUGUUUUUCUCAGUUCAGUUUCGAAUCCACUACAGGGUCAAUUAGAAAUACAGAGACAUUUCACGUGCAUUGUAUUUGACCGUCAUUUGGGACAUAAACACCACAUGCCCUUUCAUCAUAUAGUUUGCGAACAGACUUGUCAGCAGUUAUCAUUUAUGAGGAAAAAUUUCAGAGCUGUACUGCAGAUUUAAAUCUAUUCUAGCCCCCACAGGAAACAAGUCUGUUCUCAGAUGUAUAAAAAUCUCUACUGUUUUCUUAGAGAGAGACAAGGUGAAUGCUGAAAUAAUGGAGGUAAAUUCUCCAAACCUUAUAAUCUGUUAAAUGUAUUUUCUGUUCUCAGUGGGGGAGUGACAAGCCAACAUACAUUGGACGGAAGCAACAGAAAACUUCAUGCAUGCCUAGGACACUAGUGGGAAACCAGAGCAAGUGACUAUCAAAUAUGCAUCGUUAGGAUCAGUAGAUCUUUGCUCAACAUAACCCUAAUGACCUGAAUUUCUCCUAAAAGCUGGGGGCUAAUAAGUUGGGAGUGACAAAAAGGGUAAGAACUAAGUAUAUUAGUCAAUAACAGAAUGCUUGUGAGCCACCUGCAUAGGGUGCAUCCCGAUGAGCAUGCACAUUCUGUUUGUGGUGCCUCAAAGCAGUUUGCACACAUGCACCCAUUCACCACAUUGCUAAUUUGCAGCACGGCGGUGGUGGGGUUUGACACUGGGAGAUCCCAGUGUAAAAAAAAAAAUAAAAAACUGAGGCUGAAAAAAGUGUUGUGGCGCACAUGGCAGCAUCAUGCACCAUCAGAAAUGGAGCCUGGUCGGCCAAAGCCAAGCUCUGGCUGCUGGCCAGACUCUGAGCAACCAGCUUGGCACCAAUGCUGCCCCAGAAGGCCCCCAGGUAAGGCUUCUGGGGCUAGCACAGGAGCUGGCCCCAGCCUUCCCUACCCAACCCAGGUCACUUUGCUGUAAAAAUGGUGGAUCACCCUCUAAGUUAACCCUCAGUAGAUGUAUUAUCAAACUAAAGUGCUUUAGGUUAGAGUGCUUUUUUGAACACCUGUGCCACAUCCACCACAUGUUAAGCUAAGUUGUGUGUUGCCAGCAUCCCAGAAGCCCCUUGCAGGGUGCCAUGUUGGCCUUGGGCAGAGCUUGGGAGGUGGGAAAAGGGGUUUCUGUCCCCACAGUCACCCCAGCCCAGGCAGGAGGGCUCCUUUCCCCCAGCUGCAGCCAUCAGUGGCAACACAAGUUCCUGUGCCGCUUUUCACUGCUCUGGGAACUCUGGCAGGGGUGAAUGAAGAAAGAGCCCUCUGCCAGGUAGGUCCCACACACCCAGCUUCCCAGGUCAGGUUUUGCCAGGGGCUGCUCCCCACCCUCCCUCCCCUGAGCAAGGGGGCCUCCUUUUCCACCCACCCACCAGAAUUCUUAGUGCAAUGAAAAGUGACGCAGGGAACUUGUGCUGCCACUGCUGGCUACAGCUGAGGGAAAGGAGUCCCCCACCCAUGACAGUCCCCCUAUAGCUUGCUGGUUAGGGGCUGGGCUGGGUCUGUACAGCAGGGGAGGCUCCAUUCCCCCAGCCACUCCCCUGUUUUCCCCAGAAGCCACAGCUGACAGUCACCAGCUGGCAUGGGGGGGGGGCACUCCAGCAGCCUCCUGGGAGGUGUGCAGGAGCACCCCCUUCCUGCUGGCAUUCACCAGUGCAGGCAAGCUCUGAGCCCAAGCCCUCCCCUGCACCAAACAGCACAUAUCGGUUCGGUUGAAACAUGCUCUAACUCAUAGCACUUUAGUUAAAGUGUAAUGGAGCACUUUCUGCCAGGGGCUUUUUGAAUAUCUGAGCUUAGCCAAUGUGUCUGAGAGAAAGGCAAAUGCAACUCAGCGGGUAUCAGGUGAGACUUUUCUAGUAAAGGCAUGGACAUACUGAUACCAUUAUAAAAUGAUCCUAACAUGACCUCAUCUGGAAUACUGUGUAAUUCAUGUUCAGAAAUGACACAUUUUAGCUGGAACAAGUGCAGAAAAGGCCUAUGAGGAUGAACAGAAACAUGGAGAACCUCUUUUAUGAGAAGAGUAAACUAAAAGGGUUUUGCUUGUUUAGCCUAGAAAAACAAAUGCGCAUAAGAGCUAGAUUGCUUUCUGGAAAUACAUAUGGGAAUCAAUCCCAAGGGAGAACUAUUUAAGAAGGGCUAUUUAAUCUAAAGAUGAAUACUGAUCCAGUAACAGGUUCCAUUUAGUCUUGUGUUCCUCUGAAUUUAAGCCUCUGUGGACAAGUAUGUACACUAGAAACUGUCCUGCUGCUGUGCUCAGGGGGGGAAGUUAAGCAUAAAAAACCCUUGAACACAGCUCCUUUCUUCCCCAGUCCAGCAUUUGAAACAAGAAUUUUAAACUGUACAAUUUACCUUGAGAAAAUGAACGUGUAUUGAGAGAGCAAGAUAAGUCAGUUGUGUUGUCAAGUAUAUCGGCAAUUCUCCCAGAUGUUUGGAGUGGUUAAUUUUACUAACACAAAUCAGUCUUCUGUACUUUGUAAAGUGGCUUAAAGAACUGUUACUCUCACCUCACCACUAUAUAGCAACACUUGUAAACAAACCAUAAUCUCCAAGUACUUUCACUGAAACAGAAGAGAUACGUGACAGUAUAUAUAACAUACAUUAUAGAGUAGCAAAACCCCCAGUUUUCCUUAGGAUAAGCUCAGACUUAGGAUAAGCUUUAACAUUUUUAUUUUGGUAGCAAGUUUUUGGUUUUGGAUAUCUACUGUUUUAUAUUGUAUUAUUAUUAGGUUUCUAUUGAUUCUUACGGCUGUAUAUUGUAUUAUUAUCAUUUUCAUAUUGAUUUUUAUUGUUUCAUAUGGAUAUUGUAUGGUUUAGGCUUGUGUUUGUAAGUGAACCGAAGUCAUGUCAAGUCUCCAUCUUCUGUCCUUUGCCCGGGCACCCCUGUGUCACAACUGUAUGAUUCAUGUACCCCUCCCAUGUAAAUUGGUUCCCAGAUGAA